AUGCUCGAGAAGGCGGGGGACCGCCUGGUGAUAGUCCAGUAUUACCAGUCCACCGUCCUGGUCUGCAAACAGAUGCGGCUCUACUUCACACGACUCAGUGGGCAGCCCAACUUCCAGAAGGUCAUCUUCGCGGAGGUGGAUGUGGAGGAGCUGCAGAAACUGGCGCUGGAGGCGGGUCUGGACCGGAUCCCGACCUACAUCUGCUACAUCCGGGGCGAGCCCGUCGAUAAGUAUGUCGGGGGCACGCCUGCUCUUGUGCAAAGCCUGGUUGAUCAGUGCCUGUCAAAAUACUGCAACACCAGCCGGAGCGGGAAGGCAGAGCUGGCAGUGAAGGUGGCCGUCGCCGUCGGCGCCGUGACCGCAGGCGAGCCGGGCCUGAACUCCUUACGGAAUGUGUUCUGGUCGGGGGGGCGGGGCCUCAGGAUCGUCCUCGUGCAUGUGUGUCUGGGCCUGCUCUACCUCCUGCGCGCCGUGCUGUUCGUGGACGUGGACACCCAGCUGGCAAGCCUGAACGCAUCCAUCUCGCGGGCCAGGGAGCGGUACAGCGAGCUGUCCCGCACGCGCCGCAGGCGCGCGGCGCGGCAGCAGAUGGAGUUCCCGCGUCCCUGCACCGUGCAUGUGGACAGCGUUGGCAUUUCAGCCAUCAACGCAGUUGCCCUAGCACUCAUGGACGCUGAGAGUGUGAAGGCCAUCAGCUGCAUCUGUCGCUAG